UAAUGAUUUACAGCCCACGGUUUCCAAGGGCUUGGGGUAUUUUAUUUUUUUUGUUCAGCGAGCUUGCAGUCAGUGAGAUAUUAGAAGGUUUUCACACGUGGUACAGUAAGGUGUGUUUUCCCUUUUACUGUGGGAGUAUCCGACAGGACGGGUGAAUGUGCAUGUGCCUUCGGGGACCGGCGACGCGGACCGUGCGAUCGCUGCGUUAUUAUACCGAAGUCCGACCUAGCAUCUGACGAGCGGCGAUGGAGACGCCGGAGCGCCUGUUGUCAUCCCGAUUUUUCCUGAAAAGCACAAUCUUCGAGGUGAACCUCAGCCGUAUCAGGCUGACGUGGAGGAACCUACAGACGAAAGCUGCCUCUGGAAGUCAUAAUACAAGCAAUAAAUUUAAAGUCGAGAGCGGUUCUGUACCCGUUUGUGAAAUCAUAGCCGUUUGGGAGGCUCGGGGCAUCUCCCCGAUCAAAAACAGUGAAAGACGGACCCAGGAGCAAGAGGAAACGUGCCAGGGCGCCUUCACAGUGUCCUAUGUGGAGAGGGAGGGUCGGCACCACUGGCGGCCACGUGACGUCACCUUCCACUGGCCCGACACCUCCACCUGUCACCACUGGGUCAGCACCAUCAGGGAGCAGAUCAGCCUGCUCAACCACAGACCCAAGCGUUUGCUGGUCUACAUUAACCCCAACAGCGGCAAACGGCAAGCCAAGCAGAUUUACGAGCAGAGGGUGGCCCCCCUUUUCUCCCGCGCUUCCGUGUCCACGCACGUGAUCUUAACUCAACAGAGGGAUCAUGCCAAGGACCACUUGGCCAGUGAUGCAGACCUAACGAAGUACGACGGAGUGGUGUGCGUCGGGGGUGAUGGCAUAUUCAGCGAGGUCCUUCACGGGCUGCUCACCAGGACCCAGAGAGACGCCGGAGUGGACCAGAACAGUACGGAGCAGAAUCCGGCGCCCUGUACGCUUCGAGUCGGCAUCAUCCCGGCAGGUUCUACUGACUGCAUCUGCUAUGCCUCGGUGGGGACCAAUGACCCAGUGACUUCCGCCUUGCACAUCAUCGUUGGAGACUCCCACGCUCUGGACGUCUGCUCAGUCCACCACAGGAACAAGUUCCUCAGGUACUCCGUAUCCCUGCUUGGAUAUGGUUUCUAUGGCGAUGUGCUGAUGGAUAGCGAGAAGAAGCGGUGGAUGGGGCCUGUCAGAUACAGCGUCUCAGGCUUCACCACUUUCCUCGCACAUCACUGUUACGAGGGCACGGUAUACUUCCUCCCGGCAAAGGACGUUUCGGGGAGUCCGAGGGACAAAACCAAGUGUCGGGCUGGGUGCCUCCUCUGUCAGCGGGAUGGCCGGCCGCUAUCUGAUGACAGCGGGAGAGACAAGGAAACUCCUAACAAAGAUCACCAUCAUGGGUGGCAAAUGAUCCAGGGAAAGUUCUUGGCCAUCAACGCAGCCAGCAUGAGCUGUGCAUGUCCCCGUAGCCCCGAGGGAAUGUCCCCUGCCGCCCACCUGUCUGAUGGCACAACUGACCUCAUUCUUGUCCGUGACUGUUCCCGUCUCGACUUCCUCCGGCACCUGUACCGCCACACCAACACAAGCGACCAGUUUGACAUGGGCUUCGUGGAGGUGCACCGCAUCCGCCGGUUUUGCUUUGUCCCCGGCAAUGACCUGGAGCCAGAGUGGAAGGGGGCCAGACCGACACAGUUCAGCCCAAGCUAUGGAUGCCAGCCCACGUGUGGCAGGUGGAGCUGUGAUGGAGAGCUCCUUCCUCAAGCCACCAUCGAAGUCGGGGUUCACUGUGGGCUGAUCCAGCUGUUUGCCAGAGGGAUCGAGGCGCAGGAAGGAUUUCAGGAACACUCUGCCCCCUCCAGUCAUACAGUAUGAAGCACUGUGCUCAUCUCCAGAACAUUCCGACCAGACUGCAUAUGGGCUUUACUGUGAAGCCACAUUGCCAGGACCUGUGCACUUGCCAUCAGCCUCUGAUUGGUUGUUAGGUUGAGUUCCGCUGGUGAUGUCCGGCUGUUUUUUUUUUUCCCGUCCUUGGAAGCUUUCAUGCGUUUACCUCAUUCACAGAUAUAUUAUGACUGGCACCUGGAGUGCCAGCUGAACCCUGAGUUUACUGUCGGCGUGACCCUUAAUGCAGCCGAGGAGAUCGAACGCAGUUUUCAGUAUCGUUCUCCAACAGCUGACCUUUUGGUUUCAAGAAUGACAGCUGGGAUGAAAGAUUCUUUGGCUCUCACUGAGUCGACAUGUAUUUAUUUUUAAAAUAAAAUUUUUACUC